GUUGGCAAAUACAUGUAAAGCAUGAUCUAGAUAACUGUAUAACUACAGAAAAGUAUAAAAUUGAUACGAAAUAGACUUAUAAUUAUUUCAUUAAAAUUUACACGGGUUUUGUAAUUUUUUAAUCGCUCAUCAGAUAUUUGAGUUUGUGGAAUAUGUAUUUUAAAAGUUCAAUAAUGUUAUGCUGCUUAUUAUGCAUUUAUGCACUUUUAUGCAUUGCUGUGGCGUUUGGUGAUAUUAAUGAAACUCAAACAACUACAACGAGGAAAUUUUCAAAACCGCCAUCUAAAAAAAGAGACCAAUUCCAAAAGAUCAAAAACAUAAAAGAAAAAUUAUAUUUUUGGAGGCCAGGAUCAAGCACGGAAGCUCCAAAGUCAGAUGGAGAACUGAGCUUUAAAGAUACAAAGACCAGUCUAGACCCAUCUAGACAACCGAGUUUUAGCAGUGCGAUGAGCCGACUACAGUCAGAUAGAGAAUUGAGCUUUAAAGAUACAAAUACCAGUCUAGACUCAUCUAGACAACAGAGUUUUAGCAGUGCGAUGAGCCGACUACAGUCAGAUAGAGAAUUGAGCUUUAAUGCGAUGACCAGUCCACAGUCGGAAAUAAACCCAGCAAGAGAAAGCCUUAGAGAGUAUGUUAUAAAUAUUGAUGAAGAUGAGAAGAUGGAAAAAAGAGAAAGCAGCCAGGAAUAUAUUUUAAACGAUGAACCAAAAAAUACUUCAUACACACAGAUGGAAAAAGGAAAAAGCAGUCUGCACAACAUUUUCAAAGAGGACGCAAAUAGGACUUCAAACCCACAGAAGGAAAAAGGAGAAAACAGCCAGCAAAACGUCUACAAAGAUAACACAAAAAAGACUUUAUACCCACAGCUGGACGAUAAAUUCGAUUUUGAUGAAACUACUGAUGACGCAUUAAAUAUUAGACAAUAUACGGAAGAAGAAAUUCAGGAAUUAUUUAACAAUUUUGAUAAGAACAAUGAUAAUGGCCUAUCAUUUGAAGAACUAAAACAAGUAUUUCAGUCGCUUAACGAAGAAACACCUGAUGAAGAUAUUAGAUAUAUGAUAGAUGUAAUGAAAACUGAAGAUGACAGUAAAAUUACAUAUGACGCAUUCAAGGAAAUGAUGAUGGUUAAUAAAAACGAUUUUUUUAUCAAAGACACUUUUGACUCAAUUGAUAAAAACCAAAAAGGUUUUGUUACUCCAAAAGAAUUAUAUUCAAAAUUUGGUGGCUUUAAUGAAUCUUUUACACUUGAUGAAGCUAACGACCUAGUGAAGAAAUAUGGAAAUAAGGAAUCGAUGACUAUCGAUUAUGAAGGUUUCAAGACAUUUUUUAAUAAUAAAAAGGACUAAGAUAUAGUAUUAUUUAAUUAGCAAUGAUACAUAAAAACAUAUAGAACAUGAAAUAAAGCAAUGUUGGUUUAAUAUUAAUUUUCUUAU